CUGACCAUGGCGAUGGCGGCGGAGCAGUGGGUGCUGGUGGAGAUGGUGCAGGCGCUGUACGAGGCUCCAGCAUACCAUCUUAUUCUGGAGGGGAUUCUAAUACUUUGGAUAAUCAGACUGGUUUUCUCUAAAACCUACAAAUUGCAAGAGCGUUCUGAUCUUACAGCCAAGGAAAAGGAGGAACUGAUUGAAGAGUGGCAGCCAGAACCUCUCGUCCCUCCUGUCUCGAAAAACCAUCCUGCUCUCAACUACAACAUCGUUUCCGGGCCUCCAACCCACAACAUCGUGGUGAAUGGGAAAGAAUGUGUAAACUUUGCCUCCUUUAAUUUUCUCGGGUUGCUGGCCAACCCCCGGGUGAAGGCUGCAGCUCUAGCAUCUCUAAAGAAGUAUGGUGUGGGUACCUGUGGACCUCGAGGAUUUUAUGGCACAUUUGAUGUCCAUCUGGAUUUGGAAGAGCGCCUGGCAAAAUUCAUGAGGACCGAAGAAGCCAUCAUUUACUCGUAUGGGUUUUCCACCAUAGCCAGUGCGAUUCCUGCGUACUCUAAAAGAGGGGACAUUGUUUUUGUGGACAGUGCAGCCUGCUUUGCUAUCCAGAAAGGCUUACAGGCAUCACGCAGUGACAUUAAGUUGUUCAAGCACAAUGAUGUAGCUGACCUGGAGCGACUGCUGAAAGAACAAGAGAUUGAAGAUCAAAAGAAUCCGAGAAAGGCUCGUGUGACUCGACGCUUCAUUGUUGUGGAAGGAUUGUAUAUGAACACUGGAACCGUCUGUCCUCUUCCAGAACUGGUUAAGUUAAAGUACAAAUAUAAAGCAAGAAUCUUUCUGGAGGAAAGCCUUUCGUUUGGAGUCCUUGGGGAGCACGGGCGUGGAGUCACGGAGCACUAUGGGAUCAGCAUAGAUGACAUCGACCUGAUCAGUGCCAACAUGGAGAACGCUCUCGCCUCUGUCGGGGGCUUCUGCUGCGGCAGGUCUUUCGUGGUUGACCAUCAGCGCCUCUCUGGCCAAGGGUACUGCUUCUCAGCUUCCUUACCUCCCCUGCUAGCUGCUGCCGCCAUCGAGGCCCUCAACAUCAUGGAGGAGAAUCCAGGCAUUUUUGCAGUUUUAAAGAAAAAAUGCCAACACAUCCAUAAAUCUCUACAAGGCAUUUCUGGUUUAAAAGUGGUGGGGGAGUCCCUUUCCCCAGCACUUCACCUCCAGCUGGAAGAGAGCACUGGGUCCCGGGAGAAGGAUGUGCAGCUGCUCCAGGAAAUGGUCAUUCACUGCAUGAACGAGGGCAUCGCCUUGACUCAGGCGCGCUACUUGGACAAGGAAGAGAAGUGCCUUCCUCCUCCAAGCAUCAGGGUUGUGGUCACGGUGGAGCAGACAGAGGAAGAGCUGGAGAGGGCUGCGUCCACCAUCAGGGAGGCUGCCCAGGCUGUGCUGCUGUAGGGUGCAGCCCGGUGUUUCCUGCCACAUCACCUGCGGGCAGAACUGCUCAGACUCCUCCAGCUGCCCACGGAGUGGAUUGCUGCCCGCCAUGCAGCUGUGACUUGAGUUCACAGACAUAACUAAUGAAUGGAUUUUUUUUAUAAAGGCAGGAGCUGACUUUAGAAGAACACAGAUGACAGCAUAUAACUGCUAUUUACUUUGUGCCAUUGGGUCUGUUUGGAUGCUUUACUAUCUGUCAUUUAUAUUCAUUUUUGUUUCAAACUGGAGCUUCAGUUUUCUUCUCCCAUCUGUGGUAAUGAUCCAAUAAGCACUCCUUCGUAUUUUGUAGAAAAGGACUUAGCAGCUAAGAGGAGCUCUCGUGUACCACAGUUAACUGUGGCAGAGGGAGUCAACUGCAUCUUCCCAGUCCCUCAGGUAGAGCUCAAUGGUGGCUGCUAUGCGGAGAGCACUUUCUGAGAGUUAGAAAAUUCAUAUAGCAUAUUGGAAUCCUAGAGCCUUAUAUGCACUAGUUAUUAUUGAUGUUGUCAUUUCUAAUGUGAGCUUCUCUUAAUAGAAAAUAUUCAUACUGCUUCCUAAGCAAUAAUAUGAAUCAAACAUUAUUUUAUUUUUGUGUAAUUGACUUUAUAUUUUUAUAUAUUCUCUAGUCGGUUUUGUGAAGAGGGUUAUUAUUCUGGUCCCCAAAUACAGAUCAUGCCCUGGGUAUUUUUGAAUUUGUCAGAUGUCCUUUUUCAUGGUGGUUUUGUUUGGGAGCAUAGAACUGUGGGCUUUUUCUAAGCUGAGAAAAGUGAGAACUUUUUUCAUCCUGUAAAUUGCUGAUGCCUCAGAAAAACAGGAUGCUCUGAAAGUGACCUUCGAGCUGUACACUGGCUGCUGUUCUCCUUGGUGAGCAUGCUGAGCAGUGUAAGGCUUGCGAUACUUGCCAUGGAGCAUGUACAUAGAAGGAAGGCCGCCAUUCCUUCUCGUGUGCAUGGGCAGAGAAUCGGGUCGCUAAAGGUCGAUUCCUUCUCGUGUGCAUAGGCAGAGAAUCGGGUCGCUAAAGGUCGUUUUAUGAUGUGCAUUCAUGUUACAGUGACCGGCAUCUUUUGAAGUGAUCUGUGACAUUUUUAAUGUUUCUAUUUCAUACGUGCCUUGUGAUUGCUGCUGCUGUGAGGGCUAUGGUCCUGUUGGGGAUGGGUCUGUUUUGUUUUGUUUUUUAAUGAAAUAAACCUCCAGGAGCCCACAUUCCUGAAAAAGAAUC